CAGAAAAAGAAUUAUGUGCAUCGAUCGUCGAUUUUCUUAAAUAAACGCCAAUAUUAUUGAGACAUUGAGAAGAACUUAGCUUAAUUAUGUCUAUUCGAAAUAUCAAAUCAAAUUUUUUAUUUAUAAAUAAACUACAAUGUUUUAAAUACAGUACAUCACCUAAAUCUGUGGCUACAGUAACAUUAAACGAAAAGAACUUCAUUGCAGAUGAAUAUACAAAUCUUACACCGAAAAUAAUUUCAUAUUUGAAUAGAAAUUUGCAUUUGCAACCAAAUAACCCAUUAUGUCUAGUGCGACAAAGGAUUGUAAAAUAUUUCUACUCUUCAUUCACACACGGAGGUAAUCCUACUUUUAGUGUUUAUGAGAACCUCUCUCCAAUAGUGACAACCAAACAGAACUUCGAUGAUUUGUUGAUACCGGAAGACCAUCCCAGCCGGGCGAAGUCAGACUGUUACUACAUAAACAGGAAUAAUUUGCUCCGCGGACAUAUGACGGCACACCAGAGUGAGCUGCUGCGGGCCGGCUUGGACAACUUCCUUAUGAUUGGUGAUGUUUACAGAAGAGAUGAAAUUGACUCCUCCCAUUUUCCUGUUUUUCAUCAAGUGGACGCUGUAAGGUCUCAACUAAAAGAACAGUUAUUUGAAAAUCACCGGGGUCUUAACAUAUUCGAACCUGAUUUUGAUCCAAUGCACCCAAGUGAUUAUAAAAACUCAAUAGAUGACCCUACAAAACAAAGCUGCCACACAUUGGAGGCAGCUAAAUUGAUGGAAACACAAUUGAAAAACCACCUCAUUGGCUUGGUGCAAGCACUGUUCGGAGAAGACAUUAAACACAGAUGGGUCGAUGCUUACUUCCCGUUCACUCACCCGUCUUGGGAGCUAGAAAUAUUUUAUGACAACAAUUGGAUGGAGGUUCUAGGGUGUGGUAUUGUUAGAAAUGAAAUUUUAGCUAAUGCGGGUCCAAACAAUACUAUUGCAUAUGCAUUUGGGCUGGGACUAGAGAGACUCACCAUGGCCCUAUACAAGAUCCCAGAUAUACGAUUAAUGUGGAGUACAGAUUCCGGUUUCCUCAGUCAGUUUCAUGAUAAGGGUAUAGAUGAGAAGAUAACAUACAAGCCUGUAUCUGUUUACCCUCAAUGUGUCAAUGACUUGUCGUUUUGGCUGCCACCAUCCCUAACUAUUGACACUUUCAUGUGCAAUGAUUUCUAUGAUUUAGUAAGAGAUGUAGGUGGUGAUAUUAUUGAACAGGUCAAACUAAAGGAUAAGUUCAUUCAUCCAAAAAAUAAGAAGCACAGUCUUUGCUUCAGUAUUGUUUACAGACAUUUAGAGAGAACUUUGACCCAAGCAGAAGUCAAUGAAGUUCACAAAGAAAUAGAAAAGGCAGCAGUUAACUCAUUUGGUGUUGUAAUUAGAUAGUUUAUAAAAAAAUAAAAUAUUGUGUUACUCAUA